UUUUUGACACUUGACCACAUCAGUAGCUAACUUCAUAUCAUUUAGUAAACCAAAACAGGAUGGAAGACAUGGCGGAGGAUUUAACAAAUUCACCUGAUAAUAAACAAUCAUUUUUAAAACAUGGAAAUAAGCAAUGGAUAAAAUUAAAUGUAGGCGGAACAUAUUUUUUAACUACAAAAACCACAUUGGCGAGAGAUCCAAAUUCUUUUUUAUAUAGAUUAGUUCAAGAGGAUAGUGAUUUAGAAUCCGAUAAAGAUGACACGGGUGCCUACUUAAUUGACAGGGAUCCAAAUUAUUUUUCGCCAAUUUUGAAUUAUUUGAGACAUGGUAAAUUAGUAAUAAAUAAAGGUCUUGCUGAAGAAGGAGUUUUAGAAGAAGCUGAAUUUUAUAAUAUAGCAGAAUUAAUAAAUUUAGUGAAAGAAAAAAUAGGUCAGAGAGAUAAUAUAUUUAGUAAGAAUGGGAAAAAACAUGUAUAUAGAGUUUUGCAAUGCCAUGAAGAUGAACUUACUCAGAUGGUGUCUACUAUGUCAGACGGUUGGAAGUUUGAACAACUUGUAAAUAUAGGAUCACAGUACAAUUAUGGUCAAGAUGAACAUGCAGAAUUUUUAUGUGUUGUUAGCCGAGAACUUGGUAUUCCAGAAAGUACAGAAAUUAGAGGUGAGCGAGAGGAUAGAGCAAAAGUUUUACAACAAAAGGGCUCUAGAAUGUAGAUUCUAUGUGAUAACUAUUAUUCUUUUUUUUGUCAAUUCUAAAUUGAAUAAGAUAUAUUUCAAUUAAUUACUGGUCUUCUCAACUGUGAUUUAAUAAAUUUAAUUUUCUAAUUUUCAAUAAUGAAAAUAUGCUAAAUCAUAAGUUGUCUAUUGCUAAAAUAAUCAAAUUAUCUGAAGUAUAACUUAUUCAUACUAUUUGUUAAAACUUCAGCAAAGCAUCAUAUUUUAUAUUCUCUAAGUGUGAGUAUUAAAUAAUAAUAUUCCAAUACUCAGUAUUCAGUACUAUUUAUAAUUUGAUAUUUCUAUUGUUUUUUGUUGUCUAUUAACUAAACAUACUCACACCUACUCAUUUUUCUUCGUUUUGUUAGUGAAAUUAAAUAAAUAUAAAGGAUUAUUUUAUCACUAUAAAAGGAAUAAUGUUUUAACAUCAUACUUAUUAAAUGUGCUCUGAACACUAACAAAAUACAGGGUUUUUAAUCUGAUAAUAAAAUGCAUUUCAAUUAAUUUUUCAGAAAUACUUAUAAUAAUUUUAUUUUCUAUUCAGAUUUUUGAACCUAUAAUUAAAUGUUUAUAAAAUUACUUUGUAAAGCAUAAAGCAGUCACAAUAUCAUAUAUAAUUUUUACCCUUCAGAUAACUUUAAGUUACUUAUUUCGUGGAAUCAAUUAUGAGUCUGUUUUAUGUGUAGGUAUAUAUUAGAGACUCAAAAUAAAAUAUCCUUUGUAUAUACCGAUUUUAGGUUAUUAUAUUAAUAUUAUGAAUAUUGUGUCAAUGAAUUAUAAUAAUAUAGAUUAUAGAAUUAUGUGGUCACAGGUAAUAAGUAGUUAAGACAAAAAAUUAUCAAAAUAAAGAGUCAACUAUCUUAGUAUUUUAAUUUAUUUUUUCACACAAAGAAAAUUUGAACUAACUACAUACUCUCAAGAUAGGUUCAAACA